AAAUUCGCAGACUUUAAAUUUAAGCUGCAGAUUUUUUCGAUGACGCAGAUAUUUGCAGAUUUUUUAGUUUGGUUGCAGAUAUUUGCAGAUUUUUUAGUUUGGUUGCAGAUUUUUGAGUAUAAAGGCUUUUGGUUACACUAGCUUUCCUCACAUUUUUUGUUCUUCCCAGACUUUUAAAAUUAUUAUUGCAGACAUUUGAAAAAAGUACCUGGCAUCUCUGAAUACAUUAAACAGCAGUGAUUAUUGUAGUUAUCAUCACAUUGUGAAGGAAAUUAUGGAACCCGCUACAAUUCGUAAAUUGGACGAAGCAGUUGUGAACAGGAUAGCGGCCGGUGAAAUUAUCCAACGGCCAGCAAAUGCAUUAAAAGAAAUGGUGGAAAACAGUCUCGACGCGAAAGCAACCAGCAUUCAGGUAGUGGUCAAAGUAGGUGGACUAAAAUCGCUGCAGAUUCAGGAUAACGGAAGUGGAAUCCGACGAGAAGACUUAGGUAUAGUAUGUGAGCGGUUUACAACUUCAAAGUUGCAGAGCUUUGAAGACCUUUCAGCAAUUGAUACGUACGGAUUUCGUGGAGAAGCGCUGGCCAGUAUCAGUCAUGUAGCCCAUCUAACCAUAAUCACAAAAACACGAAAUGAACAGUGUGCAUUCAGGGCAUCUUAUGAGGAUGGUAAAUUGAAAGGAGAAAUCAAAACCUGUGCAGCUAAUCAGGGUACGCAAAUUUCCGUUGAGGAUCUGUUCUACAACGUCCCGAUGCGCAAACAAGCACUCAAAGCUCCCAACGAAGAGUUCCAAAAAAUAUCAGACGUUAUCGCCAAAUACGCAGUGCAUAAUCCGCAAACCGGAUUUAUGCUAAAGAAAUUCGGCGAAAACGCGACUAUUAGAACACAGGCAAAGUCUACCGUUCAGAACAAUAUUAAACUGAUCUAUGGCCCAUCCAUCGGCAAGGCUCUUCUCAAAGUUGCUUUCGACAACGAAAUUCUAGGGUUGACUGUUGAUGGUCAUAUCACGAAUGUCAAUUUUUCUCUAAAAAAAGGGAUAUUUCUACUUUUUAUCAACCACCGAGCAGUCGAGUCAGCUAAUCUCAAAAAAGCGAUUGACCAAGUUUACUCACUCUAUUUGCCCAAAGGAAUGGCUCCAUUUGUAUAUCUUUCUAUAGAACUACAUCCAACCAAUGUGGAUGUUAACGUACAUCCAACGAAGCACGAGGUCCACUUUUUGCAUGAAGAUGAAAUUGUGGAACAAAUCAAGGAGGCAGUAGAGCGAGCUCUACUUGGCGCUAAUGCGUCGAGAACAUUUUACACCCAGGCAUUGUUGCCAGGAGCUUCUAACCCUGAUUCGGUAAAGUUGAACGAUUCUAGCAGCGAUAAAUCCAGGUUAGAUUACAAAUUUGUUCGCACCAGUCACAACGACCAGAAGCUGGAGAAAUUUUUUGGAAUCAAUAUUUCUAGGAAUGCAAGUUUCAGUGGAACUGACAAAACUGAAAAGAUAACACCACGGCGAGAGAAACAUUUCAAGGACACUAAACUUACCAGUAUAUUGAACUUGCGCAAGAGCAUUGAGGAUGACUGUGAUCGAGAUUUGCGAAAAAUUUUCAGCGAGCUCACCUUUGUCGGUGUGAUUGAUCGCACGCAUGCCCUUAUUCAGUACGACACAAAAAUGUUUCUUACCUCAACAAAAGUAUUGUGUGAAGAGCUUUGCUAUCAAAUAUUGCUGUUUAAUUUCGGAAAUUUUGCUAGAAUGGAUUUCGCGAACCCGUUGCCUUUGCUGGAACUGGCCACUUUAGCGCUACAGGAUUCGGAAAGCGGAUGGACUGAAGAGGAUGGAUCAAAACAAGAACUUGCCGAACGAAUCAAAGAGAUACUAAUUACUAAGGCACCACUUAUGCGAGAAUAUUUCAACCUUUGCAUUAGUGCCGAAGGAAAUCUUGAAUCAAUUCCUAUUGUAAUCGAAGAAUAUAUCCCAUCAAUGGCUCAUUUGCCUAUAUUUUUACUUCGCUUAGCUACCGAGGUCGAGUGGGAUGACGAACAAGAGUGCUUUCAAACAUUUUGUCGUGAAACUGCAAUGUACUAUGCAAGAGUGGCAUGCACUAAAAAUGAACAGGAGUACAAGUGGGAAGCUGAGCAUGCAGUCUAUUCAACCAUCAAACAAUAUUUUAUACCACCCAAAGCAUUUGCCAAAAACGGAUCGCUACUUCAGGUGGCCAACCUUCCUGACCUUUAUCGCGUCUUUGAAAGAUGUUAAUGUUGGAGUGGUUUGCUUCUAUUUAUGUAAAUAAGGCUUAUACAUAAUUUUACUAUUUUAACAA